UCUAAUUGCUUUCCUAACAGUUACAAUCGACAAACCUCCCUUUAAUUCCCUAGAAGAACUGGUGGAACAGGAUGAAUAUAAAUGGGGAAUUUUAUCAGGAACAUAUUUUGUGACGUGGUUUCAGGAAACACCUUUUGAAAUUCUUCAAAAGGUAUGGACUGGGAUUAAAACUUUCAAUGAAACAGAUCCCGAUGUUUUACACCCUGAUCCAAACGUUCAUAUUAAUAAAAUGUACAAGGAAAAAUAUGUAUAUAUUGGUGACAAAUCUUAUAUGGAGGUAAGGAAGGCAAACAGGUGUGAACUUGUGACGGCGACUGAAGAAAUUCCGAAUAUGUCGUACGGAGUGGGUCUACCUAACAAUUCUUUGUACACCAAAUUGUUUUCAGACAAAAUACUCUCCUUGCAAGAGGGUGGGAUAUUACAAACCUUCAAACAAAAGCACUGGCCCCGUGAAGAAUUCUGUCACGGAUCUUUGGUGGCGGAGGCAAAGGAAAUACGAUUAAUUGACGUCCAAGCAGCAUUUAUCGUGGUCGGCGCAGGUUUAGCUCUAGGAUCUAUAGUGUUAUUCCUAGAAAAAAUUGUCAAACAUUUAUCAACUAAAAUUUGUGUGAAAAAAGACCACAACCCUUGUAAGCAUAUAAGGACUGUUCCAACAAUGGAGUUAGAACUCGUUGGACCGGAUUUAAACGGAAUUUCAAGUGGAGUAUUUACAAUUGAUGAAGGAGAGAUUAAUGUUCAUAUGAAAAAUGGAGUUCAUAAGACACACAGUUCAGAUGGAUACGGAUAAAACGUAUUUAAAAUGUAUAUUUAAAUGUAUUUGUUUUUUUAAAUUUCUGAUAAUAACUAUAAA